ACUGCGGAGACCCAUCCCCUCCCCCCAAACCACCACGCAGGCGGUGUGUCAGUCAGUGUAGAGUCCGACAGUCUGUCUGGUGAGACCUGGGCCUCGUGCCGUCACUUUUCCCGCCGCACUGGGCGGCCCAGGCCGCUCCCUGCUGGCCCUCCCCGCCGCCACCAUGUCCUCCUUCUCCGAGUCAGCUCUAGAGAAGAAGCUCUCGGAGCUGAGCAACUCUCAGCAAAGCGUGCAGACCCUGUCCCUGUGGCUUAUUCACCACCGCAAGCACGCGGGGCCCAUCGUCUCCGUGUGGCACCGCGAGCUCCGCAAAGCCAAAUCAAAUAGAAAGCUUACUUUUCUGUACUUAGCAAAUGAUGUCAUCCAAAAUAGUAAAAGAAAAGGACCUGAAUUCACUAGAGAAUUUGAAUCUGUCCUUGUGGAUGCUUUCUCUCAUGUUGCCAGAGAGGCAGAUGAAGGCUGUAAAAAACCUUUAGAAAGAUUGCUGAACAUCUGGCAAGAAAGAAGUGUGUAUGGCGGCGAGUUCAUACAGCAGCUGAAGCUGUCUAUGGAGGACUCCAAGAGCCCUCCCCCCAAAGUAACAGAAGAGAAGAAGUCUUUAAAGCGAACUUUUCAGCAGAUACAAGAGGAGGAGGAUGACGACUACCCUGGAAGUUACUCUCCGCAAGACCCUUCAGCAGGACCACUCUUGACUGAGGAACUAAUCAAAGCUUUGCAAGAUCUGGAAAAUGCUGCAUCUGGGGAUGCUACCGUCCGACAGAAAAUUGCCUCUCUGCCCCAGGAAGUGCAAGAUGUUUCUCUAUUAGAAAAAAUAACAGACAAAGAGGCAGCUGAACGUCUUUCAAAAACAGUGGAUGAAGCAUGUCUGUUACUAGCAGAAUACAACGGGCGCCUGGCGGCAGAACUGGAAGACCGGCGCCAGCUGGCUCGGAUGUUGGUGGAGUAUACCCAGAACCAGAAAGAUGUUUUGUCAGAAAAGGAGAAAAAACUAGAAGAAUAUAAGCAGAAGCUUGCUCGGGUAACCCAGGUCCGCAAGGAACUGAAGUCCCACAUUCAGAGCUUGCCAGAUCUCUCACUGCUGCCCAACGUCACAGGGGGCUUGGCCCCCCUGCCAUCUGCUGGUGACCUGUUUUCAACUGACUAA